AUGCGCCGCUGCCUGCUUGCCGCCCGCGCGGCCCUGUCCCCGGCGCUGAGCCCCCCUUGCAGCUCCCACGCCCUGCGUGCGUUCGCGGCGGCGUCCACAGGGGACCGCGUGUGGCGCGUCUACCUCAGCGGCGAAAUCCACAGCGACUGGCGCGAGCGCAUCGCGGACGGUCUCCACAAGCGCAACCUCCCGGUGUCCAUUGUGUCCCCGAUCUGCGUGCACGAAGACUCCGACGACUGCGCCGCCAUCAUCCUCGGCGACGAAGACAAGCGCAUGAACUACGACGGGAAGGGCGCGCGGAUGAACGCCAUCCGCACGCGCACGCUGCUCGAGGACGCCGACGUCGUCGUCGUGCGCUUCGGGGAGAAGUACCGUCAGUGGAACGCCGCCUUCGACGCAGGCAUGGCGGCGGCGAUGGGCAAGUCGAUCAUCACGCUGCACCCGCCCAGCCUGGGCCACAUGCUCAAGGAGGUCAACGCGGCGGCCAUGGCGGUGUGCGAGGAGCCGGAGCAGGUGGUGAACACGCUCGACUACUGCAUCACGGGCCGCCUCCCGGACAAGCCGUGGACGGAGGGGUUUGUGCCCAUUGCUGACCGACUGGGCAAGGGCAACCCCAACCCCUGA